AUGCCUAACCAGAGCCAGACUUCUUUGAGACUGUCUAUCUGUGCUAGUACAGAGGAAACGUUGCCCAAGUACGAUGUUUGCUUCCGAGGCACGCUAUCCUCAAACAUUAUAUCGAUCCCUUUUAUUGCUCGUCUUGUUGGCAUUGCGGCUUUCACGGCAAGCGUAGUAGCCGGAGAAGCUGCUGCUAUUGCCUCGGCACCGCCGCGGAGAAUCCAAGAGGCACCCCCGUCGGCCGUGAGAGUCUCUGAGAUACCCUGGAUCACUUUCUACACUCCGUCGCCCUCUACUCGACCCUCCCAUCCGGAGUCUCUUCCCGUGGAGCCGUCGACGCGAUCCGUCGAAACUCUUGAUCUGUCACGACGAGCCGAUCACAACCCUCACAGCCCUGUCGACUCCCAAAAUCAGGAGAAGAGCGUCGCGGCGUUUUGCGGGCUGUUGAGCGGCAGAGGCGGCUACAUGGAGGUGGGGAUGGAGUCCCAGCGUAUGGAAUUCCAGGAUCUAAACAGCGUUCAUCAUCAUCUGAAGGUGGAAUGGGCGGCGGCCUGUGAGACGGACGUGGAGAAACAGUCGAUUCGGCGGCCCCUAGGGGAGAUCAGCGCUGCGCCUAACUGCGACAGCUUGAUGAGGGACAAUUAUGGAAACUGUAAUAAUGGAGGCGUUGGUGGCAAGGUGCAGGUCGAUUGCCUCAUCUACACCUACAAUGGUGGUAUCAUGCCAGGGAGAGAGUACAACUGGUGA